AUGGCAAACGAGACGCCAUGGUACUAUCCUCCUGGCUGGGAUCGCGAACGUAUGCUCAACGCCACCGACGAAGAGAGCGGGACCAUGACCCAAGAGCAACGUGACACCUUCCGUGAAGGUCUGCACGCUGAUUUGGGCGAAGCAGGACUGGAAGAUUUUCAAGCGGAAUCCUAUAUGCGCUGGAAGCGGCGCGAGAAGACGAAGGAAGCAGCCACUGUCGUCCCUGAGAUUCGUAAUCCCCCACCUUACGUGGAGACAAUGAAUCUCGCAACGGAACGGAACGGGCGUGAGUGGCCGCAGUGGGGUUUCGUGGUGUUCCGGACGACGCCUUACAUGGACGAGGGAGGCUGGCGCGCGAUGAGGCAUCGGUGGGACCAGAUGAUCGACGACCAGUUUCAAGACGAUUUAGAUCUGCCCGGUGUGCGGGAAGCGAAGCGGAAGUUACGAUUCCUCUGGGUCGAGGGGCCAGAACUCGAAGGUGCGCUCCCAGCUGUGAUCGCAAGCCGAUAUCAAGCUAUGGGCUUGCCAUAUGGCAUAGUCCAUAAUGUAUGCCUCUGUAUCAGUCAAGCAAGUAUGGACGCGAUCUUGAACUCUCCAAUGCCAUCCCAGUUGUCUCGCAGACAGCGCAAGAAAAUCCCAUUUGUCUUGGCCGUCACCGGGAGUGCAAAGCAGCCUCGUGCGUCGCUGGAAGUUGGACACGAAGAGAAGGAUUGUCAACGGGAGGACUUUCGUGGCUACUUCAACGUUGCUGUCGAGGCAUUGCUGAACCAUCUUUUCGCCUGCACCGCUGACGAUAUGAUGGACCCAGAUGUACUUGGGAGUCGGGUCAAAGGUGAUGACAUCUGGUGCAAUGCCUACAGAGACGGAAUCCACAAAACAGAUACGGGUUACUUCCACGAUGAGAGAGGUGGCUAA